CAGAGCCGAGCGCCAGCCGGGGAGGAGGCGACGCGCGUUUGGCCGGAGCGGACCCUCCCUGCGCACGGGGAGCUUCUCCGGCCGCAGGGUGCAGAUGCUUCCAGAAGAGCCACGUCUUCAAGAAAAGUGUCCUGUAGAAGACCACAGUUGCAACAUCAAGCCUCUGCUAGGUCCCACAAAUGAAGAUCAGAGUUCCCAGGAUGCUCUUCUACCUUCUUCCUUUCUUUUUCCAGCUCCAAGGUGCGCAUGGGGUCAUCAGCUACAAGGAAGACUUCCGCUUCUGUGCUGACCGAAGGCAAACAGUUGAAGGCCACGUCCGUUAUGAAUUCCAGAAGGACUUCAUAUCUAUUGCCAAUGGUGCCGAUGGACUUAAUAUAAGUGCCCCAUUCCCACCGGGGCCUCAGCGGUCCUGGGUGUUGCCGAAACGUUUUGGGAAUUAUCGCUUCUGCGUUUACUGGUUUCAGGAUGCUCAUCUUUUCAGCCUUGCCUAUGGAACUACUCAGAAUUACACCCUGAGUAAUCAAGCUCGGUAUUCCUUCCCCUCUCCGAAUGUCACCGGGAAGGAGAACAAAACUGGAGCCAGUGUACUUCAUAAUGUGUCCUACGCCUUCAACAACGGCACCCACAAUACGUCCCUUUCAAGCUCGGCUGGAUACACGUUCUUCUUUGAUUCUGGAAAAAGGGACCGGAUGAGAAAGCUGGUCCAAAUCAGUGAUGUGGAAAAAGAGAUGAGAGAAACGGAGGAGAAACUAAAGAGCUUGGAAACACGUCCUAGCAGCGGCAAGAAUGUGGUUUCGGAAGAUCCAUUUCAGUACCUGCAGCAUUUGGAAUCAAAGCUGGGAGAAGUGGAGUUCCAGGGAGACCAGAAGACUUUUGAGGGGACAACAGUGCAUGCAAAUGUCCACAAAGUUCCACUCCAAUUUCCUGAAAAUCUGCCCAUUGGGAUUACCCUGAAGGAGGACAAAGUAGUCCGCAAAUUUCGAGUUACUCUGCCAAAAAAAGUCUUUGAGAAAUCCAGAGAUGGGUCCAAGAGUGGGAAGAUGAAGGUUGUGGUAUUGUCUGCCACAAGUGAGAUCCUCUUCCAGGAUAAUGGUUCCCACUCACUCCUGGGUGGAAAUGUGAUUGGCAUCUCAGUGGGGAACACGCCAGUCCACGGGCUGCCCAAGGAACAGCGGAUAUCUGUCACCUUUUGGCACCACCUCCUUCAGAGGAAUCUGACUCCCACGUGUGUGUUCUGGGAUAUGGGCUCCAACACCAGCCACCGCAAGUGGAACACAUCAGGCUGUGAAGUGGUACAAGAGGAACAUCAAACGACCUGUCUUUGUGACCAUCUCACCUUCUUUGCGGUGCUCAUGGUGUCCUCUCCAGAUAUAGACCACACUCACUAUGAAUACCUGACUAUUGUCACUUAUGUUGGUUGCAUCAUUUCAGCUCUAGCUUCAUUCUUCACCAUCUUCUUUUUCCUUUGUUCAAAGAAAAAGCAGAGAAACCACAUUGUCUAUGUGCACAUGAAUCUCCUCUGGGCCAUCUUUCUCCUUGACAUGAGCUUCCUCAUCGCGGUUCCCCUGGCUCCUGCCGGAGGUGACACGGCUUGCAAAGCUGGUGGCAUGUUUCUGCACUUUGGCGUGCUGGCGUGCUUGACCUGGAUGGCCAUUGAGGGCUACAGUCUCUACCGGCUGGUGAUUGAAGUCUUCAAUUCCUGUGUCAAACAUUUCCUGUUCAGGCUCUGCCUGGUGGGCUGGGGUCUUCCCAUGUUCACUGUGUGUCUAAUUUUUGUGAUCAAUCAGUCGUACUACGGCCCUUUCUCUGUUAAGGUCUAUGAGUCUGCUGAUAAUUAUACCAAUGCAACCAUCUGUUGGAUUACGAAAAAAGAGAUCAGCAAUUUCCUGAAUUUGGGCUAUUUAAGCCUGGUGCUCUUCUUCAACGGCAUCAUGCUGGCCACGAUGGUGUACGAGAUUCUCAAACUGAGAUAUCGAGAGCGUCACUGGGAAUAUGCCGUGAUGCUUCUGGGGCUGAGCUGUGUCCUGGGCAUCCCAUGGGGACUGGCCUUCUUUGCGUUCACUUCUGGGACGUUCAAGUUGGUGGCAGUCUAUCUUUUCACCAUCAUCAACUCUCUUCAAGGCUUCCUCAUCUUCCUUUGGUACGUGGCCAAAGUGCUGCAGUCCCGCAGGUCGUCUUCCAUGCAGUGCGCAUCUUCCAACAGCAUGAGGCUACAGUCAAACAGCACCAGCAUCUGAUCUGGUCCCGGCCCAGGCGGCUUUGGGCGUGGACAAGCCAUUUGCAGGAGCAUCUCCGUGGGAACUCAAUCAAACAUUUUUUGGGUGGCCAUGUGUGACUUCAUAACUGAGUAGCACAGCGAUGACAGGGCAGAGACCUUUUCUUCCUUCCACAUUUGUAUGACUCCUUUUUCUAGUGUAAAUAUUUUUUAAAUUCCUAUGGUGUAAAGAGUUUAUGAGAGUACAUUGAAAUUUAAGAUAUGUUUAUUAAAGAAACAUUUUAUUAGCGCA